GGUAAACAGACGAGGAAGUAGAUAUAAAGUCUGGGGCGGCCAUGUUUGACAAAAGUUUACACCGACAAUGAUUUCCUGCGGUAAAAAAGUUGUCUGACCAUGGACCCCCGGCAUAGUGCACAGGACGUGUUAAGGUGUCAACUUUGCGAUACCCCGGUACCCCCUUUGUACUGUGGCAUUUGUCACAUACAUAUAUGUAAAGCCUGUGUAGGGGACCAUCUCUUAGAUGAAUCUACAGAACACAGAGUUGUUCCAUUUUAUAAGCGUGGAUUAACUACGAAAUGUCAGAAACAUUCCACAAAAGUAUGUGAACUUUAUUGUGAGGAAUGUGAUAUUUCUAUCUGUGCAACAUGUGCUUCCUCUGAACAUAAAGGUCACGAGUUUACUGAGAUUUUGAAAUACUUUGAAAACAAAAAAGAUGUCAUUAAAAAAGAUUUACAAGAACUAAAAAAAUCCAUUAAUCUUAAAUAUCAGGAGAUUGUUACUCACAUAUCAGUUCAGAAAGCUGAUCUGAAUAAAAAUUCGCAGAAACUCACAUCUGCCAUAAAUAAACAUGGAGAAGACUUGCACAGAGAAGUAGACUUUAUUAUAAAGAAAGUUAAGUCCAAUCUUGAAGAAAUUGAUUCUAAACAAUUGACUGACCUAAAUAAACAAGAAAAUGAAAUUAAACGCACGAUGUCUGAAAUCGUACAAUGUACUGCUGAUCUAGAGAAACUACUGAACUCUAACGAUAUCAACCUAGUUACUGCCUACAAAUCCAGGAAUACAGAAUUCAGAAAAUUGCCUCCAAAAUUUAAAGUUUCUUUACCAAGUUUUAGCCCUCCGAAGAUCAACAAAGAACAGCUAUAUCAUUAUUUUGGUUCUCUUUCUUCGCUUUCUAUGAACAUUGAAGCACACGACACCACAAUGGAUUCCCCAGGUGCUGACGCCUCUGCUUCAUACAAACCAUUAAUUGAUGAACCACAAAUUGUCAAGGAUAUAAAUACCGUUUAUGAAAAAUAUCGACUACGCAGUGUGUCCUGUAUUAGUGGUGAACAUGUCUGGACAAGUAGUUUUGACAAUAUCAUGAGACUCUACAACCUGCAGGGAGAACUAGUUAAGUCAGUCAAAACCAAAUCAGGAAAGUAUCCGUCGGAUAUAGCAGUUACACAAAGUGGAGACCUAGUUUAUACUGAUGAAGAAGAUAGAUCUAUCAACAUGGUGAAGAAUACAGAUGUACAGCAACUGAUUAAAUUACAGGGGUGGAAACCUCGCAAUGUAUGCUGUACCUCAUAUGAUGACCUCCUUGUUGUCAUGAACAGUGAUGAUGUAACAACAGCAAAAGUAGUGCGUUACUCUGGCUUAAAAGAGAAACAAACUAUUGAAUUCAAUGAUAAGGGACAACCGCUCUAUUCAUCUCGUGACAUAAAAUACAUCAAAGAGAACAUAAACUUAGAUAUUUGUGUCGCUGACUGGAUGGCCGGUGCCGUAGUUGUGGUUAAUCAGGCCGGGAAACUCCGGUUUACAUUCACUGGUUCUCCUUCUAGUUCCAAGACGUCGUUUAGACCGUACGGCAUUACAACAGACAGCCAAGGUAGGAUCCUGGUAGCCGACUAUGACAACAAUCGAAUCCACGUCAUAGACCAGGACGGACAGUUCCUCCGCCUUAUUGACAACUGUGAUUUACAGCAUCCAUGGGGUUUAUGUGUGGACGCCAGAGACAACCUCUUCUUGGCCGAGAAUUUACGAGGUAACAUAAAGAAAAUCCAGUAUUGCAACUAAAGAAAAGUGUUUGUUUACAUACUCGUGGUGAAAAUUUGGUUUCCCAAUCCAUAAUAUAUUCAACAUUGUAUUUCUACAUCUUAAUAAUCUGCACUGAUGUCUAAUAUUACAACAGGUUGUCUGUUUAUAUAUUGUGUAAAAGUAAACUGUUUACACACACGUGUAUGUAUCAAACUGACUGUAUAAAUUAAGAUAAUACUUGUAUACAGACUGUCUAUAUUUGACACUAUUUGUAGACUGUGUAAAUUUAUGCUUGACAUUUACUAGCAUUGAACAAGUUAUGAUACAUUAUUAAGAGCAAUUAAAUAUUAUUGGCUUUGUUUCUUAUUGUCGUUAGUUUUGUGUUUGUGUG